AUGUCAAAAGGAGGGAUUUCCAUUCAUGGUAUCCUUACUUUGGCACUCGGCCACAAUCUACUUAUGCUACUACUAGUACUGCUCCUGUCACUGCCUUUUCCUGCGAAUUCACUUGUCCAUCCAACAACAACAACAACAACAACAAAAACAAAAACAACAACAACAACAACAACGACGACGACCACUCCUAUUCCAGUGCCGGAAGUCUCACCAAAACGGCUCGAACAAGUCUCCAAUUUGGUAUCAAGUGCUUUGGGUGACACCACCAACAAUACUAGGAGGGAACAAGAAGGUGAGGAGGAGGACACGGCGGAUCAUGAUGGUCCACUGCUCCUGAAAAAAUCAGUUUCCUCUCCUACUACCAGCACUAGUAGCACUUCCAAAAAGGAGGAAUCCAACAAACUCCUCAAGGACGAUCGAUAUGCUUUGGCACGAAGAGCUGCCUUGGAAUGGGAAACUUCAUCCGAAAUGGAAUCGUAUGAGCUAGUCUAUGGAGAACUUUCCCUGCCCGUGCUGACCACCAUUUUGGAUGCGGUUGGAGUUUAUCCUGGAGACAAGUUUUUGGAUAUAGGAUCGGGAGAUGGUGCUCUAGUCUUGGGCGCCAGUCUAUUGUAUGCUGGAGAUGAUGAUGAUGAUGAUGAUGAUGAAAAGAAGAAUGCCAUUGCAGUAGCAAGGGGAUUGGAAAUUGUCCCUGGUUUGUACGAACGAUCCUUGAAACACCAAGAAAAACUUUCCAAUAUUCUAAAAGAGGAAACAGGUGUCGACGGAAGAUUUCUGAGAGAGCAACAGUCGCCCGUCGAAUUUCAUCUAGGUGACAUUCACAAAGCUGCUUCCAGCAAUAAUGCCUAUGAUUCUUCCACGCUGAACAAUAUUCUGGAGGAUUCAACACUGGUUGUCUGCUUUGCUACAACAUGGAGUGCAGGAAACAACAAUGCCAAUGCGGAAGAGGCAACCACAAAGAUUAGUUUGCAAGGCCGCAAAUUGCCAUUGUUGUCCAAAGCCUUGCAAGGUCUGCCCAAGGGAGCUCGUGUAGUCAUUGUAGACGGGAGACUGGACUCGAAGGAUGGACACGAGUGGCAAGGCGACUUGAAGAUCAAUUGUCCGGAUACGGCGCCUUGGUCGAUUGCCUCGUUGUAUCACAAGAAGCAAGAAUGA